CGCCUUAAGACGACACACAGGCAUGUGUUCAAUCUGACUGUUCACAGAUCAGCAGGGCAGCUUCUGUCCCGAGGCUGGAACAGAGCCGUUUCCCGGACAGACACAGAUUUGGGUGCCCUGGGAGAGGGGAAGAUGCUGCUGCAGGGGCCAUUAGGAGACGGCAGUGGCUCCAGCUUCACUCCUCUGGUGGUGGUGGAGUUGGCCUCAGACACCAAGGAGGAAGCCAUUGCAUGGCUGCUGAGCAGGAUAAGAGACCAACAAAGGAAUGGAGGCGCUGAGCUGCUGGUGAAGCAGCUGGGCCCGGGAGUCGGGCCUCAGGAAAAGGAGAACCCCAACCUGUUCCUGGUGGGGGCUACGUGGCAGAGACUGCUCUCUGGGGCCGAGGAUGUGGGCCUCUUCAAAGAGUUCAAUGAUGGAUCCAUGAGAAGCUUCACAUUUGCAGACAGACACAACUUUCAAGACUUUAAAGGGGAUGGGGAUGACUUCCUCAGUAUGGCCGAGUGUCAGUACAUCAUUAAACAUGAGCUGGACACAUUAAGAGCCAAAGAUGAGACUCAUGUACCCGGACACUCCCAGGUCAAGCUCUACCCCGGGAAAUCUAUCAGUGAGUGUCUUUCUGUUUGAAAUUCGAAUAGGCGG